UAUUAAGCACCUACUAUGUGCAGUUAUUCUGCUAGUGCUGGGUGGCAUUUGUGCAGAGCAUUUGGUGUAUUGAACUUCAUGUCUCGUGGAAGAAAUGGGGUCAGCUGUCAUACCGGGUUGAACACUUGCCUAAGGAAGAUUGUUAUGGUAUUUAGAAGGAAACGGAAAUCUCUUCCAAUGUAUGGAAAGGACUCCCAGCGUUCUCAUCUCUCCUCCUUCACCAUGAAGCUGAUGGACAAAUUCCACUCGCCCAAAAUCAAGAGAACGCCAUCCAAGAAGGGAAAACCGGCCGACGUGUCUGUGAAGACUCUGGAGAAGCCUGUGAGCAAAGAGGCAACAGACAGAUUUCUACCAGAGGGCUACCCUCUCCCCUUGGAUCUGGAGCAGCAGGCAGUAGAAUUUAUGUCCACCAGUGCUGUGGCUUCCAGGUCUCAAAGGCAGAAGAACCUGAGCAGGCUGGAGGAGAAAGAGAAGGAGGUGGUCAGUGCCUUGCGCUACUUUAAGACCAUUGUGGACAAAAUGGCCAUUGACAAGAAGGUGCUGGAGAUGCUCCCCGGGUCGGCCAGCAAGGUGCUGGAGGCCAUCCUACCGCUGGUGCAGAGCGAACCUUGCAUCCAUCACAGCUCGGCCCUCUCGUCCUGCUAUAGCCGAGUGUACCAAAGCCUCGCCAACCUCAUUCGCUGGUCGGACCAAGUGAUGCUAGAAGGUGUGAACUCAGAAGAUAAAGAGAUGGUGACAACGGUGAAGGGGGUCAUCAAGGCUGUGCUGGACGGAGUGAAGGAGCUGGUCAGACUUACCAUCGAGAAGCAGGGGCAUCCGUCUCCAACAAGCCCAGUGAAACCCAGCUCCCCAGCCUGCAAACCCGAGGGCCAGUCUGAGCUCCCCCUGACAGACAGAGAGAUGGAGAUUCUGAACAAGACAACCGGCAUGUCACAGUCGACCGAGCUGCUCCCAGAUUCUACUGAUGAAGAGGUCGCGCCCCCCAAACCCCCACUACCUGGCAUUCGGGUGGUUGAUAAUAGUCCUCCGCCAGCAUUGCCACCGAAGAAAAGGCAGUCGGCUCCAUCCCCAACCCGCGUGGCCGUGGUGGCCCCCAUGAGUCGAGCCACCAGUGGCUCCAGCUUGCCUGUCGGAAUUAAUAGGCAGGAUUUUGAUGGGGACUGUUAUGCCCAGAGGCGCCUGUCAGGAGGCAGUCACUCCUACGGGGGAGAGUCGCCCCGCCUGUCCCCCUGCAGCAGCAUCGGCAAGCUCAGCAGGUCUGACGAGCAGCUGUCCUCUCUGGACAGGGACAGCGGGCAGUGCUCCCGGAACACAAGCUGUGAAACACUAGAUCAUUAUGAUCCUGACUACGAAUUCCUUCAGCAAGACCUCUCCAACGCAGACCAGAUACCUCAGCAAGUGGCCUGUAACCUUAGCCCGUUGCCGGAGGCCUUGGGAGAGUCUGGGUCUCCAUUUCUUGGCCAUCCUUUCCAGUUGCCUCUUGGCAACUGCCCCCAGCCAGAUGGGCCCUUAGCCCCAGGGCAGCAGACGGACACGCCGCCUGCCCUCCCCGAGAAGAAGCGCAGGAGUGCGGCCUCCCAGACCUCGGACAGCUCUGGCUCCCGCGUGUCCUACGAGCGGCACCCCUCCCAAUACGACAACAUCUCCGAGGACGACCUGCAGAACCCAGCCUUGGUGCAGCCCGCCCCCUUCACGCCCUUUGCUGCUAUUCUCCCCUUCCAGCAAGGAGGGUCCUCAGCCUCUGUCGAAUUUGUGAGUGACUUCACUGCUCCUGAAUCAGCGGGUGACCCAGAAAAACCGCCUCCUCUACCAGAGAAGAAAAACAAACACAUGCUGGCCUACAUGCAGCUGCUCGAGGACUACUCGGAGCCGCAGCCGUCCAUGUUCUACCAGACGCCGCAGAACGAGCACGUCUACCAGCAGAAGAACAAGAUGCUCAUGGAGGUGUACGGCUUCAACGACUCCUUCAGCAGCGCAGACCCGCCGGACCUGGCGCCGCCCCCCGCCCUCCCUCCCAAGCAGCGGCAGCUGGCCUCUUAUGCUGCUUCUUCCUUCUCCUCUGUCUCCUACUGUGUCCAGCAAACUAAAGUGGCCUUCACCCCCGAGGACGGCAGUGCCACUCAGGGCAUCAGUGUGUCCGUCUCUAACUCCUUUCUCAGCCGGCACGGCAACUUGCCCGUGCCCUCGUAUAAAUCUGUGUUUAGGUCCUACUCCCAGGAUUUCGUGCCUCACAGCCAAGCUUCCGCACAACCUUUCCUCCCGUCUACCUCCUCUUCCUCUCCACACUUCCCACCUGUCCACCAGUCUCAGAGCUCGGACUUAGCGCGGCCCGCCGAGGCCACUCUGCCUCCCAGCGCCGCGGACGGGCCUCCUCCGUCUUCUCAGGAGAGCACCUUUCAUGGGAGCACUGUCUGCCUUCCUUCCGAAACCUCUCUCCCUGCCUCGCCCCAGACGCCUUCGAGUGAAAACGCCAGUGAGGAGGCUGGUGGGGGUGAAUACGUCAGUCUGUACUCCUCUGGCCAGAGCAGCGCGGAGCUGGCUCACUCUCGAGGAGAAUCGCCAGCUGUGAGAGAUGGACAUCCCAGAGAUCCCUCCUCGGUCGGCAAUGCCCCCGGGAAGGAAAGCAGAGACGGAGAAAGGGCCCUGAAGUCACCAGAUGGUCCCGAAUCGGCUCAGUCGGAGGAGGAAGUGGACGAACUGUCCCUCAUCGACCACAGUGAAAUCAUGGCGAGGCUGACGCUCAAGCAAGAGGGUGACGACGGGCCCGACGUCCGGGGAGGAUCCGGGGACAUCCUGCUGGUCCACGCGACUGAGACAGACAGGAAAGAUCUGGUGCUGUACUGUGAGGCCUUCCUGACCACCUACAGGACCUUCAUCACCCCCGAGGAGCUCAUCAAGAAGCUGCAGUACCGAUACGAGAAGUUCUCUCCCUUCGCCGACACGUUCAAGAAGCGCGUCAGCAAGAACACGUUCUUUGUGCUGGUGCGGGUGGUGGACGAGCUGUGCCUGGUGGAGCUGACAGAGGAGAUCCUGAAGCUGCUGAUGGAGCUGGUCUUCCGCUUGGUGUGCAGCGGGGAGCUCAGCCUGGCCCGCGUGCUCCGCAAGAACAUCCUGGACAAGGUGGACCAGAAGAAGCUGCUCAGGUGUGCCCACUCCGACCAGCCCCUGGCAGCCAGGGGCGUAGCAGCCAGGCCAGGGACCCUGCAUGACUUUCACAGCCAUGAAAUAGCCGAACAGCUGACCCUGCUGGAUGCCGAGCUCUUUUAUAAAAUAGAGAUUCCUGAGGUUUUGCUUUGGGCAAAAGAGCAGAACGAGGAGAAGAGCCCCAACCUGACCCAGUUCACGGAGCACUUCAACAACAUGUCCUACUGGGUCCGGUCAAUCAUCAUGUUGCAGGAAAAGGCCCAGGACAGGGAACGGCUGCUCCUGAAGUUCAUCAAGAUCAUGAAGCACUUACGAAAGCUCAACAACUUCAACUCCUACCUGGCCAUCCUCUCGGCGCUGGACUCAGCGCCCAUCCGCAGGCUCGAGUGGCAGAAGCAGACCUCAGAGGCUGUGCCUUGGUCCCAGUGCACCUGCUCCUUCCUUCCCUCGGCCUGUGCUUCUAGAAGGCUGCUCUGGGCGGGCUGCAUUAGGCAUUGUGAACAGACAGACAUGCUAUUGGUGGGUUUCUUCAGGGGCCUGGCUGAGUACUGCACGCUGAUUGACAGCUCGUCCUCCUUCCGCGCCUACCGGGCCGCCCUCUCGGAGGUGGAGCCGCCAUGCAUCCCGUACCUGGGGCUCAUCCUGCAGGACCUCACCUUCGUGCACCUGGGGAACCCGGAUUAUAUUGACGGCAAAGUGAAUUUUUCCAAACGGUGGCAGCAGUUCAACAUCCUGGACAGCAUGCGCUGCUUCCAGCAGGCGCAUUACGACAUCCGGAGGAACGACGACAUCAUAAACUUCUUCAACGACUUUAGUGACCACCUGGCUGAGGAGGCCCUAUGGGAACUCUCUCUGAAAAUCAAACCCAGGAACAUAACAAGGAGGAAAACAGACCGGGAGGAGAAGACCUAGGAGCAGCUGCCGUGAGCAAGGAGGAUGCUCACAGAGGCUCAGAGUGCGGCUCCGAGACCCGAAGGGACUUUGGACCUGUUGUGUGGCAGCAGCGCUGUUCCGGCCUCCGCCAGGGGGCCAGCCGGGCAGGAGCCCUGAGUGCGGGCAGCUUCCUGCCUCCUUCCUCCCACGAGCGAGCCCACGGCCCGGCGCGGAGCCAGCAGGCAGGUCUCAUUGCCGAUUGUGAACUGGUGGUUUUCUCAUUUGGUUUUGCUUUCACGUCCGUCUCCCCUCCCCGUCCCGCCUGAUCCUCCUCCCACCUGGGAGCCGCGGAGUCUGCCCCCUCCCUGACUUCCAGGGUCCGGAUCUGCUGAAAUGAUGAAUGAGUGGAGGUUCAAGGACCCUGGGGGGGGCUGCUCCCCGGUGACCGUGAAUGAAGGGACAUGUAGCUGGGUGGGCAGAGAGCAGAGCAGGCUUGGGUGGGGCUCCUUUUGCCUUCCAGCCCUGCUUUCUAAGGUGGAGGAUGGGCGCCGCUCACCUGGCCCUUUAGGUACGACAGGUGGCCCUAGCACCGCCCUCUGCCUGUGGGCACCGGGCUGCUGGCCGUGCAGUGAGUAGCAGUGGCUGCCCUCUCCCCUUGCCCUUAUCUCCCCACCCCGUCACCUGGCACUGAGGGCGCUGGGAAGGGGAGGGUGGAGCAAGAGAGGACCUUACCCCCCAAGAAAUGCGUUUUAGCUGAGCUGGGUUCGUAGCUCUUGGGUGAGUUAAUUCAGAGAGAGGGGAGUGGAGGGGCGUUUCUGUCUAGGUGGAGGCCGCGGGCCCCCUCCUGUCGCUUGCUGUGUGCCUUAAACUCCACCUCCUGCUCCCUCCGGCCCACGGGCUCCCCUCCGACCUUGCUCCAUACGGUGGGUGACAAGGACUCCUCACUGGUGUCCCCACCACUGUUGGCUCACCCUCGGAGGGACGGUGUCUCUGAGAGGCUAGGGUCUGGGCUGCCCGGCCACACCCCAGAGCAGGCUCGCUCGCUCGGAAAGCACCUUCGAGAACAGUGCUCUCCGCCCUCCUGUGCAAACCACUCUUGCUGCUGAGGUGACAAUCCGAGGCCAGGUCUGCAGGCCGCUCUCAGGUGUCGGCCGGAGCUCCCACGCGCCGUGGGCUGGGACGGGCCUGCCUGUGCGCUCUGCUGUGCGUGGUGGAGUGCUCACCUGUCCUGGGGUUGGUACCUGGUCACGCAAACUCCAGGACUAACUGUGCUUAGCCCAGAACAAAGAAAAGGAGAGAGCAACAUCCGUUGAUUAUUUAGAUUCUGUUUGUAGAGAAGCCGUGUCACUUUGAGUCCUUCGUGGUUUUGAUGAGCUGUUAUCAGGAGCAAGGCUGGGCUGGCCUUCCCCUCUCGUUUGUCCGGGUGGAGGGAGAGGCUAUGAAAUGUCGGUUACGGUCCCUCUGGCGGUGGUCCUGCCGGCCGCGGCCAGAACACGUCACUUUACUAUUUAAGAGUGUGUGUGAGUCACUGUUUACUGGCAGUGCAGCGUGUGGGUGGUUUCUAGGCUGUGCCUCGUUCCUCGGUCCUCGUCUCAGUCUUCCCAGCCGCCCACUCUGCCGCUGCGCUGGGCCCUCGGGGCUCCUCGGCGGUGGGAACCGGGGUUACCCUGCAUUUGGGGGCACCCCCGGGUCUCCCUCCAUAGCACAGGCAAAGACUCGGCCUCAGAAACCCAGCCACUCGCGGACAAGGCGUGUUUGCAGCCUGUCGGUCGGUUCUCAGCCAUGAGCUGGUGGGGAUGGGGUGGGGGCUCCACUUCCCUCAAUUCAGAGGUGGCCCUACCCCCCCUCCCCGAGCCCGCGGUGGUCCGCACAGAGGGCCAGGCACCAGCGAGCGGCGCCGCGAGCCCGGUGUGAGGACAGCAGGUGCCAUGUGUGCAUGAACUGGCGGGCCGCGGGCUUCCCCUCCCGUGCCUCAUUAAGACGCCCUCUUGGCUCCGGGAGUUACCAAACCCCACGCCAGCACCGCAGCCCUGCCAUGAACUGUCUGUCUUGGGGACAGGGUGUGGGGCUUGAUCUUCAGGACAGACAGACAGACAGACAUGACCAGGACGGUUGGGUUCCCCGCAGGUGGGUAGAGCGAAGGAGAGGGCAGGCUGGCACCACAUCUGAACUGAACCUGAGAAGCACCUCCCACCACCACCCACCACCCCGCCCCCAGUGUUACAUUGUAAUAUAUAUUCCCGACUAACGGCUGAUAGGGCAGCUUCCUGCAGACAUUUCAAAUGUGUAACUUUUAUAUGAGAGGAAAAUAAAUACAGGUGACAGCCACCUGUGUGCUACCGCGUG